AUGAACGAGACAGAGACAGCUACUCCCUUGUUGCUGGCAUCCCAGCCACGAAAGAGUAGACGAUGUUUGCCCAGCAUCGGACGAGUUGCCACGACCACACGGCUUCACAGUGUCAAGCUCUUCGCUUCCCGUCUUGGCGGCAAUUCUUCUGUCGCCAGCGCCAGCACCACCUCCACCUCCAGCAAGAUCCAGAUCCAGCUCAACCCCCAGAGGCGCUAUCAGGUCCUUCAGUCGGCAGCCGAUUCUCAAAAACUCGAAGAAAGGAGAAGGAAGACUGGUCAAAAGAUCAAGCAAUUCUUGCUCAGUGCCGACGAUACCGAUCCUUUUCUUCGUGGGGGACAACAAGAACCCACCAUCGAGGACAAGCUGAAACAAGGCGACGUUGAAGCCUCACAAAGCGUAGAACCAGAAGAAGAGCUGCAAGAUGUCACAAAUUCAUCUAUUAAUACCACCGCCACGGACUCAUGCAGCGACUCCUCCUUUACCUCUCUGCGCAGCAAUGACGGCGACGAUACCGGUAGCGAGGAGUCGUGGGAGUCGCACUCGCAGAACCAAGACAAGGAUGAACAGCAGGCCACACCUGAUAGAGUGGUUCAAGGGUCGGGCGUCAUCGUAGAGGACCAUGGUGAACCUUGGGAGGCAUCCUUUGAGCACGACGAACUCACGACUGCGUUUGUCCAAGAGGAUGAUGACAAUGACAAGAAGUACACCGAAAGCAAUCGAGCAGAAAGCCACGAAGGCAAUGCUGCAGCUGCACCUGAUAUGGCCGAACCUGCCACCGAGGAAGAAUACGAGGAAGCGGACCUCACGGAAGAUCUGCAGCCAACGACUACGAGGGCAAUCCGAGCCUCGCGCACACCUGUACUACGACCACGUCCCACCGUACGCCUCAACUUGGGUCGUCGUCGCAACUGGAAAUAUGUGCAAAGCCAUGGAGAGAUCCAGGAAUGGCACCAGCUGAUGCAAUGGAUGGCAAAACGCAAGAAAUCCCUGCAAGAUCAAAGAAAGACACUCCAUACAUUGCGAAAGACAUGCCGGAUGCUUGACAAACCAGUACGGCGAGGAUUCGUGGCCUCCUUCGAAUCCAAUCGCGACAACAUCAUGUUCAGCAUCAUUCACGAAGAACAGGAAGACCAAAACCAAAUCGUGUCCUCAGUGGUUGUCGAGGGAGAGGAAGAAGACGACUGGCUCGACGAAUGCUUGAAAGGUACAAAUGAAGUUGAAGCGUAG